AUGGCACGCAAUAUGAGGGACGAGUCUCCCCGUGGGGGCUCAACGCUGGAAUUUGGCCUGCCAACCCCAGCCAUCCACCCGUCUUUUAUACAGGUGGCCAAUCCGUACAUAUUCGAACAGACAAUUGAAAACUGCAUCGAAGCGAUGAAUGUUAAUCCUCUUCGCGAAACUUCGUUGCGACUUCAGGGCGUGGCGUGGAUCGACAGCGUGCGGAGAGCCCUCAACCUUCCCAUUCGCACUUUUGACACAGCAGUGGGGUAUUAUCACCGAUUUAGAUUGGUGCACCCAGACAAUGAGUAUAAUUGGACAGAUGCUGCGGCUGCGGCUCUAUUCACAGCGUGCAAGAUCGAAGAUACGCUCAAAAAGUCGCGAGACAUUGUCUGCGCAGCGUAUAACUUGAAAUUAGCGCCCUCAGAACACCUAUCGGCUGAUGAUCCCAUGUUUGAAUCCCACGCGCGUGGCAUAAUCGGGCUCGAGCGACUCAUGUUAGAGGCCUCUGGGUUUGACUUUCGAACCCGGCAUCCCCAUAAGACCCUCAUGAAGCUGGGUCGGCAUUAUGGACUACUACAAAACUCCGAAGUCUCCAAUCUUGCCUACCGCAUUUCGUCGGAUCUUUAUCGCACAUUUGCACCCAUCAAGCAAAGCUCAUCGACGAUGGCCUUUAGCUGCCUUGAGCUUGCAGGACGACUUUUGGACCGGCGCGUCGAACAAGUGGAGUCCGGGCUAGACUAUGCGCAGUGGAGCACCAGCCGAGCAGAAAUCAUGGAAACCCUCUUCGACCUCUUAGAACUCUACACCCACCACCGCUCACUAACCGCCGUCGGCUCGGAAUUCCCAGCAGACCGGUUCCUAACAGUCCGCAUCCCGCUGAACCAAGAAGCCAGCGAACACAACAUCCCACGCUACCAGCCGUGGAUCGGCCAGCCGCCCAAACCAUCCAAUGGCACUGGCGCUAACGACCAAGGUACUCCGCGACCUGCUCAUCCCUUAACACCAAUUGCCGCGAAUGGGGACCGCCAGAGGACAGGCGAACGAGGCCGCGAUGCUGCCGUGCGAUUCAUGCUCGAUCCUGCAUGUGCGGAUGAAGAGAGGCGCCAGGUCGCGGCUUAUUUCAAGGUUGAAAUGGAAGAAUAUGAAGUCGACGGUUAA